ACAGAUGUCUUAUCUCCGACGCCAUGAUUACGGGAUGGGCGCGCAACACGUACUGCUCUCCUGGCUUAAGAAACGGUGAUUGAGGUUUUUGUCCGACACCACCAGCCGCUGUAGAGGAGGUGGAAGUCUCCCUCUCCCUCUCUCUCUCUCUCUCUCUGACCUUUGGGUACAGGAUACUGUGUCGAGACUGGAGACAUUGACGUGCUCCCACUCUCCUCCCACUUUCUCAUGCGCACGUUAUUACCCCACACGAACCCAUGGAUCACCUCUCUCACCCUCGAACCCGACGGCCAAUCCUUCCUCGUCGACUAAGUGAUGUCGCAGAGCAACCGGUGAGCCGAUAUAGCGCAAAGAAGAAGCUAGAGGAAGAAGGAGGGAUAACCGUGCUGCACGUCUCUCUUCUUUCUCUAAUGGGGCAAGAUAACGACAGCUAAUCGAGCAGCUACAGCAGCAUAAGGAGUCUCUUUCUGGUGAGAUGGGUUAUCCUGUAUUGCAACAGGGCUACUUUAACGUGGGCAAGGAGACCUGAGACCACCACCUGUAUCUGAAGCCUGUCGAGCCGCCCUUCUUGAACCUGUGGAUCAUCUGGCUCCUCUUUGGGAACCUUCAUUACCGCAACUGGUUUAGUUCUUUAUGUUGUAGGUGGCGAUCUUGCAGUUGUUUGUGAGGAGUUUCUACGUUCUUAUUCUUGGUCGCCGUCAUGUCACCAGAUCCGAUUGAAGCAACCAAACGAGGAAGGAUGGAAGCAAAGAGAACAAAGCGCUGAUUGAUCUGCAUGAUUAUUAUAAGGAGAGAUCUGUAAAGGACUGCACUUGGCGGAAGAGCUGGCGAACCGUUGGUGGACCGGAGCUGUGGAGAUGGGCAGGGUCGACCCUGGGGUCACGUCCGCGACCUCGGUCCCUCCCGUCCAUCUCCGCAACCUCAACCGCGCCGACGACCUCCCCAGUCACCACUUCAACAGAAGAGACCGAGAGGCCGGCGCCGCAGCCACGACUACCACCGUCAGCAGCGGCAGCAACAACCACCCCAACGACGACGAAGGCAAUGCCGACGACUCCGCCGGUGGCCUCGAGAUGGUCGAGGCCGGAUCUGCCGGCGCGCCGACGAGUACCGCCUGUCGCCGCCCCCGUGGCCGUCCGCCUGGGUCCAAGAACAAACCGAAGCCACCCGUGAUCAUCACGCGGGAGAACCCCAACGCGCUCCGCUCGCACGUCCUCGAGAUCUCGAGCGGGGCCGACGUCAUGGACGCCAUGGCCACCUUCGCCCGCCGGAGGCAGCGUGGCGUGUUCAUCCUGAGCGGCAGCGGGGUCGUCACCGACGUCACGCUCCGCCAGCCCGGGGCGCCGCCGGGGGUCAUCACCCUCCCCGGCCGCUUCGACAUCCUCUCUCUUUCCGGGGCGUUCCUUCCGGCGCCGUCGCCACCAGGGGCCACGGGCCUAACAGUCUACCUAUCCGGCGGCCAAGGGCAGGUGGUGGGCGGCAAUGUCAUCGGCGAAUUAAUCGCGUCAGGGCCGGUGAUGGUGAUCGCAGCCACCUUCUCGAACGCAACAUAUGAGAGGUUACCGCUCGACGACGAAGAGCCAGCGGCGGCAGGCGCUAUGCCUGGCACAGAGGGAAUUCAGCUUCAGCAGAGCCCGGGAGUAAGUGAAGGCGGCGGUCGGCCGUUCUCGCGGCAGCCACAUGCAGGGUUGGAUCCGUCGUCGAUGCCGCUGUACAAUCUGCCGCCGGAUCUUCCACCAAAUGGCCAGACGCCCCACGAGGUUUUCGGCGCCUGGGCCUCUGCUGCAGCUCCUCGGCCGCCAUCAUCCUACUAAGUCUCCUCCCUUCUACUUCUGCUCCUGCCGUUUCGUGCGACGGUGAUGUGCUCGUUCAUCAUCCUCAUGUUCUCCUUCCUCUGUAAACAUAUUUAGUAGUUGCAGGUCGAUCGAUUUCUUUUCUUUGUCAGUACAAAUCACUGCCAAACACAGACUAAAAUGUGGAAA